AUGGGAUCCAACGUGGAGCUGGUAUGGCCAGAGUCAGAGGCAUAUGCGUCACGGGUGAACAACUGCUCACAUGCAAAUUCAUCCCUAGCGGCAAUUCGAGCGAAGUUGACUGCCAAACAAUUAGAACAAUUCAAGACAUCAUGCUUUGGCCAUCUUCUGAAUAUAGAUAAGAUUCAGUUUAGCGGGCAGAUUGUGAAUGGGGUUGUGUUGCGUCGAGUAGCGGGGCAGGGUGAUUUCUGUUUGAUCACAAGGCUUCGUUUUGGGGAAGUGCCUGAAGUUUCCAAUGGAGAAAGUGAUGAAAUUAGACUUCAUAAAAGAUAUUUUAUAGACGAAGGAAUUACAUGUAAUGCUUUAGAAGAAGCAUUUUUGAGGUGCACAGAGGAAGAUGACAUCUACAAGCUAGCUCUUGUUUACUUUGCUGAGUUAGUGGUUUUGGGAAGAGACAAGCAUUUGAACAUCAAUCUAAAUUACCUGACCCUUGUAGAGGACUUGGAUGCGUUCAACAGGUAUCCGUGGGGUUCGGUGUCCUUUGACAAAACCCAAGACAAGGGAAGAGGGAAGGGGAAAAGUAAGGUAACGGGAACAAGCCGGAGAAAUGAGAAGGGCAAGAAGGAUAAGCAUGGUGAAGUGCAAAGAGGUGGCUGGAGUUUUAAAGGUUUCAUGUAUGCUUUCCAGAUUUGGGUAUAUGAAUUAAUUCCUAGAAUGGCGGACCUGAAUUACUGCAAGAGCAAAGAGGUUUGGUUUGCAGCCCUUGGAACUUCAGUUCAGUUGCGGGCGCUACGUUCAAGUGAAGAGGAAAUGAGACAACCAUAUUGGAGUUGGCCACAGGAUCACCCUGUUUUUGUCUCGGCAGAGUCAGUUCCUUCUUCAUGUGCUGACCUUGAUGAGUUGAACAAGGUGGUAAGCUUGUUGAGGUCUGAGUUGUUUCAAGUAAAGCUGGAAAAUGAUGUCCUUGAGUUAAAGGUUAUACGAAUGGAAAAAAUUUUGAACCACUGUUUAGGUCCUCAUUUUGAGCAGGAAGUAAGGAGGGACCUAGCUGUACUGAAAGAGAGGACGAAUCGUUGUGCUAUCUCACAUCUAUUUAAGGGAUCUGAGGAAGUGGGAUGA